UUACAAAAUAAAGUUUUCUAAAGCUGCACUGAACCCGAGAAACGUUUUGCCCACACAAAAGUGAAUUAAUAACCUAUACGUUUCCUCGGUGUCGAUAAACUACGGAGUGACAGUUACGGAAUUGAUUGAACCGUGCGCACAGUGAGCGGACUACAUCUUACUUUGCGGUCAAAAGUACAAAGAUACAAUGAAUAUCGACAAAACAGAGGAACUUAUCGAAAUAGUCCGCCAUUACCCUAUACUGUACGACACGUCACACGACGAAUAUAAAGAUGGGAGACUAAAAAACAAAAUUUGGGAAAGUAUCGCCGAGUCUUUGCAGGAACAUGAUGGAGAUAUCCCAAAAAGCCGUUGGAAGAACCUCAAGGAUUCCUACAGCAAGCACCUACGAGCGGCCAAGGGUGAGACGUCCACCUACAUCGACCGCUACCGCUACUGGCCCUGGGUGGAGCCGAUGUCCUUCAUGCAGCCCUUCAUAGAGGGCAUGCCCACGCGCGCCAACCGCGGCGUCAGGAAGCGCAAGCUGUUAAAGGACACCCAGAAAGCCACUGACGACUCACAGAAGACCACAGAAACAGAAGAACUGAUGCCGAUACCGAAAAUCAAAGGAGAAAACACAGAAUCAGAGUGUGAAGAUCCCAUCUUUGUGAUAACGCAACCGGCGCCCGAACCCCAACCCCAACCAGAAAUAGCUCAGUACUAUAUAAAGAACGAUGUAAGUACAAACAGCAUGAGCAAUAUGAACACGGCGGACUAUGACGAGACAGACCUGAUCUUCCUAGGGUACUCCAAGCUGAUCAAGAAGCUGUCGCGGAGGCAGCAGGCGGCGGUCAAGUUCAAGAUAGCCAAGGUCAUAAUGGAGGCCGAGCUGGAAGGGGAACCGCCCACCAAGAAGAAAUCCAAACUUAGCAACGAUGAACACAAGUCUGACGACAAUUCUUAGUUGACACAUGUUGAAUUUUUAGGUUUUAUUGUUCACACAAUGUGUAAAUAAACGUGUUCAAUUCUAAAGAGGUCCAUGAUGCUCAAAUAGAUAAAUAAUUGUUUGUAUGGGAUCGACAUUGAUACCAUAAAUCGUUCAUUUAUUAAUUCAAGAAGUGUUAAUUUUUAGUUGACAAGUUGUGAAUUUUCGAUGUCGAUAAAUUCGUUUAUUAGUUUACUCUGCCAAAUACUGUAAAUUAUUUGUUAGCUAUUGUUACCGUUAUGUAGGUAAUUAUUAUAUUUCAUUAUGUUAUUAGCAAUUCAUUGAUAUCAGGCAGGAGUACUUCCAGAACAUUAUGCAUUAGUAAGACUUGUCAUUACGAUAUUAAAGGACCUUUACCUAA